AUGUAUACAUUUUACUAUAUAAAUAAACUAAAACAGCGCAAUUUGCCUAUUAUAUUGCUAACAUAGUAACGUGACAUAUUAUGUAAAAAUAUCGGUAUAGGAUGUCUCUAAUCUCAGCUUCGUUGACAUCCAGAGUGCUGGUCAAGACUGCACAAGUCAUCUUGAUCGGAGCACUGACUUCUUUACCAUUCAACUUACCAAUUUGGACGAGGGACGUUAAAAUUCAAGAUGCCGACACCUUCGACUUUAUUAUAGUAGGGGCAGGCACGGCUGGUAGUGUGUUGGCAAACAGGCUAUCCGAGAUUCAGAAUUGCAGUAUUUUGGUUAUAGAGGCUGGAGAAGAUCCGCCUAUAGAGUCAGUACUACCAGGUGGUUUCUCACUACUACAAAAAACAAAAUACGACUGGAAUUACACUACCGAAUACAGCGAGAAGUUCAGCCUCGGUCACCUGGGAGAAGUAUGGGAAUUACCUUCUGGGAGGAUUUUAGGGGGAACAAGCUCAAUAAACCAUUUACUUUAUGCUAGAGCGUUUCCAUCUGACUUCGACAGUUGGGCAGAAACUGCAAACAACUCUGGUUGGAAGUACGAAAAUAUAGAAAGAUAUUUUUAUAAAUCAGAAAAGCUUAAGGAUGAAACCAUUAUGAAUUCAGAAUUUGAAAGAUAUCAUGGAUUACAUGGUAAUAUACAAACAGCAAGAGAACCAGAUCCAGUGGUUGAUAAAUAUCUAGACGCUAUCAAAGAAAUUGGAUAUAAAGUUCUAUUAGACACAGUUCAUCAUGUAUUAGCUUUUUCACAACCAUUGUUCUUUAUUUUCGACGGAAAACGUCAAAGCACAGCGCAGACAUAUUUGCUGCCGAUAAAAGAUGAUAGAAAUAAUUUGUAUAUUUUGAAAGACACAUUCGUAACAGAAGUCGUGUUUAACAAAAACUUAGCAGCAACAGGAGUAUUAGCAUUGUCGAAAGAUAAUAAAGUUAUGAGAUUUUACACAAGAAAAGAAGUUAUUCUGUCAGCCGGAGUUUUCAAUAGUCCAAAAGUGUUAAUGCUAUCAGGUAUUGGACCAAAGGCUGAGUUAGAAAAGUUAAGCAUUCCAAUACUUGUAGAUUUGCCCGUCGGUGAAAACUUUCAAGACAUCACAGGCGUGUUUUUGAUAGAAAAUAUACAGAACUUACAAACUAUAAUACCACCAAUGAAACCGCCAACACAGUUUCCAACUCCUGGAAUAGUAGGUUACGUAAAUCUAACUGAAACUGUAAACAGACCUACCUACCAACCAAUAGACCUUGUAUUCCAAAAUACCUUGGUGUUUUCUCAAAUAUGUUCAAUUGUUUUUACGUUCAAAGACGAGAUUUGCGAUAGUAUUAUCAAACAAGUAAACGAGAGGGAGUUUUUGUUAAUGCUACCAUCAGUUUUCCAUCCGAAAUCUCGCGGGAAAGUAGGAUUGAGAAGCAUAAAUGCAAAAGACGGUUUAAAAAUACAAGCUAAUUACUAUUCUGAUGAUUCUGACAUAGCUAAAACUAUAGCUGUGAUAAAGGAUAAUUUGAAGAUAGAAAAUUCUACGUUUUACAAGAAUGUUGGUGCAGAAUUUGUAAAGAUUGAUCUACCUGAAUGUGAAAAGUAUGAGUAUAGAAGUCAGGACUAUUGGAAAUGUUAUAUAAAGUAUAUGUCUUUUUCGCACUACUAUUACACUAGUACUUGCUCUAUGGGCUCUGUAGUCGAUGGUGAACUGAACGUGAUUGGAGUUAAGAACCUAAGAGUAGUAGAUGCUAGUGUCAUCCCGUACAGUCCCAGUGCGAAUCCUGAAACUACAGUGAUAGUAAUUGCUGAAAAAGCAGCUGAUUUGAUUAAAAAUAAAUAUUAUGAUUGAA